AUGAGUCUGUGGACCAAUUUGAAAUGGUUGCCGAACCCGGCCAGCAUACACGAUUACCCGGCUCUAACCGUCGGUUUGCUGUUGUUCACGUUCAUCUUGCUAAUCGUAGAUGUCGCGCUGGAAAAUGCCUUGAGCCACAAGUUCUCACUUUAUCCUGAAGCCCUUGGAGAAUUAGACCUCAACCGAGUCUCGUUCUAUCCCUUGUUUCAUUCUGGACUCUUCCAUUGGUUUCUCAAUGUGUUGACCCUCUUCCAGCCUUUAGCCAUUUUUGAAAAGACUCAUGGCACUGUGUACACUGGAAUCACCUUGAAUCUUUUGGCCGUGCUUACAGCCUUGCAGUACUGUAUUGCAGGCUACUGGCUCUACCCAGGCACCCAUGCUAUUGGGUUAUCGGCUCUUGUGUUCCUGUUCUUGGCCUGGUUGGCCUACAAGGAGCAUUUUGUACGUCCCAAUAUUGUCUUGUACAGACAAGAAGGUAGUGAGAUCAAGUUGCCCACAUUGUUCGCUCCAGUAGCUUACUUGUUCAUCAGUAUGAUCCUCUUGCCUGGCUCCUCAUUCUGGGGCCAUUUGGCAGGGCUCUUUGCAGGCUACUUCAUGGCCUUGGACUACAUGAAGGUGUUGUAUCCUCCAGCCAAGGUGAUCUUAUGGAUCGAAAAGAAGGUGGAUCCUUUGAUUCAGUGCUUGCAAGGUGUCGUUGUAUACUAUAAAGAGGAAGAUGCAACCCAUGUUAGAAGUGCUGGCUACACGCCUAUCUCCACUGUUGAUGUUGAAUCAAGUGUUUCUGUCGUUGCUGAAGCAAGUGCCAGCGCAUCCGAAUUCCAUGGUGAAGGUCAUGUGUUAGGAGCGUAA